CGUCAUUACAUCCUCCGUUUUUUGUCUCAAAUACAAAGUCUCAGCAACCACGGCUAACACAUCAAAGGAAAGACGAAGUCUAUGUAAAGUGGCUUUUUGACCCAUCUGGCAGAUGGUCACAAGGUCAAGGCCUUUCUCUCCCUAACCUCGCGCUCCUCGCUCUCUACUUUGUGAGCAAGGCAAUCUGCAACCUCAUGCCGGAAAUCGUCCCUGGAACGACGCCAGCUUGGAACUUUGGCGAUGAUCACUCUUCAACGGCAUCGAAAUGGAUUCAGAGACCAGUGAUGUGGAGGACGCAGAGAACAAAGAACCGUCGCCUGAUCGAGUCCUUCCAUCGUCGCCCCCUCCACGAACAGCUCCCGAUGCCCUGGACAUCAGCACCUCACCAGCAGGGGAUCCGAUGGGUUCACGGACCGUCCCGUUCGUGAUUCCAGACAGCCCGUUUGCACGAGGGGAAGACGGGAAAACAUACUUCACCCGCCCUAACCGCUACUUCGGCCCCGCGUCAACAUGGAAUUCCUGGACGAAGGUGGAAAGGACCGUGGCCCUGAGCUUGGAUCGUGUACGCAGUCAGGACCUCAGCAUCCACCUCUUCAACGCGUUCGGGGUGAAACGCAAGCUGCAGCAACAGGGUGGUGGGGAGGCAAAGCGGAGUAAGAAGGGCAAGGAAAGAGCCUCGUCGGUCCCCUCCACUACGGGCAGCUUUGAUGACGAGGCAAGCCAGCAGGGACGUCAUAGCAGAGGGAAGAGAUAUGGCCUCGCCAAAUCCUGGACGGCUUGGCCCAUGCCUGCUGACCAGGUUCCUCGCGAAGAAUUACUGCCCAGAAUGGAGGGGGACGACGAAUAUCGCAUGGAGGUUGAGUCCCGGCCCAGUGCCAAUCUUGAAGAGUGGUUGGUUGCGACUGCCACGAAGAUUGCUAGAGAGCGAUGGAACGCAAGACAGUGGGAAGACCCAUCACCGGCGGGUUCGUCGCAGAGGGACAUGAGAGUCGACCACAGAGAUGAUGUAGUGGACACGCCCGGAGAAGUCCCCGCGAGCGAGGACCAAGAAGCAGUGGAAGAAGCAGAGAGCGUGCACUCGCCGGAAGCUACAGAAGAACCGGUGUUCUACUCCCAGGCGUUUUCCUUCUACGACGACGAUGCGGAGCAGGCUGCCGUCUCGGGCAUGGAGGAAAGCGAUAGUGAUACCACCGACACGGAGCGACGCCCUGUUCCACUGGUGGACGACGAAAAGUCGCGCGAAUACUUUCUUCCCAGUGCGCGACAUAUCCUCAGCAAAGUCGAUGACUUACUGCUUGGUCUUCACAAGGCGAGAUACGCCUACGCAGGAAAGCCGCGAAGCAAACGAAGGGGAAAGCAUUCUCACAGCCCGGAGGACGACACGAGUGAUAUCACUCGAGGAAGAAGCGGUUCACGUCCUGCCGCAAGGCAGAGGGUACGUUCGUCGUCCGCACAUACCGACAUCUCGAGCGUAUCCGUCACGUCCGCCGCAUCCGGCGCACGGUCGCGAAGGGUCGAGAAUCUCGGCUUGCGGGACUGGAGCGACGUUAUUGGCAUGGCUAACCUGACCGGUUGGGACCCUUCAGUUGUGGAACGUGCAAGUCGACGAUGCGCGAAGCUAUUUGGCGAGAACAUGCUAUUCCGCACAUUCAACGAGGGAACGGGCAAGGAUGGGAGUGAAUCGCACUUUACGGAAGACCUUGCCGAUGAGCCCGAGAGCCAAUCGCCAUCCCGGAUUGAAGAAGGAGAGACAGAGUCCAACGAAGAAGGGCGUCUAGCCAGUCGCACCUCCAGACCGUGCGAAAGGUGUCAAGCUACGAAAGCCGAAUGCCAGCCCGCGGACAGUGAACCUGGAACAUCGAGAACGUGCAGGAACUGCCAAGAGACGGGGAAUGCAUGUUCUGGAAUCCAAGUAGAUGUGGUCAAAAAUGGGCGAACAUGUCCCCAUCGAGCUUGUCCGAGACAUAAGAUCCCAUUUCGAAAAGGAUGGCAUCUUCAACGGCACUUGGAAAGAGUACACGGGCAGACAAGUGGUUCACAGGCGAUCAAGAGUGGGCGAGGCUCGCGAAGUGCCAGUAUCAGCGCCCACAGUGCCUUUACCGACAUUGAUGCUGACAGUGAAUCAAAUGAGGACCCAGAGCACCAAAUCCUCUGCCCCGUCCCAUCAUGCCCACGAACGAGACUGCCUUUCUCCAAAGGCAAGAAACUCUACGAACACUUACGACGGAUGCAUCCGGAGAUCGAUGUUGACGAAGUCAAGAAGAGUGAGAACCGGAGAAGGGGGGAGAGAAGAGGCAAGUGGAGAGAUGAGAGACGGACGAGGAGUAAGAGCAAAAGUCGCAGCAAGAGUCUCGGAGGCAAUGGAAGUCGGAGUCAAAGUCGGAAUCGAAGCAGGUGGGGAGAUAGGACAAGGAAGCAUGAUGGCGAUGAGAGUGGGAGCGAUAGAGAUGAUGGUCCCAGACACGAGGAGUAUGACGAGGCUUUUAUCGAUUGAGGAAAGCUGAGCGUCGAAGAGAUAGCAUAAUGUUUGAUGUUGAUGUCGGUGUUGACGACAGUCCUCUGUGGUGUCAGGGUGUCAGGGUGUGUGGGUGUCUACUUGUAUGCAGACAAUGCCAAGAAUUC